UCUGCAGAUUUGUUGAAGAGCUAUUUGGUAGAUUUAACCGGCAAGGUCCUUUUCACUAUAGGUAAAGGCAGAGGAAAAGGAAAGAAGCAAUCUGUUGUUGCUAAGCUGGAAGAACCUGGAAUUGAAGAGGACAAAGUUUCUGCAUACAGGCGAAGUGGAAGACAACAAAAGUCACAAAAGGAUGAAAUUGUGGAAGUAGAAAAGGCAUCAGGAAAUACAAAAGAGGUGGAGACUAUGGAAGUUAAUAAUUUCAGCACCGAGGAUAAGAGAAAAAGGAAAAGAUCUGCACUAGUUAAAGAAAAGAUAGAUGAAGUGAAAGAGGAGAAUGCCAUCAGAACUGAUGAUUCAACAAAGCCUGCCGGAUUCCGACAAAAUGGAAGCAGGCGGAAAAACAAGCCUCGCCGUGCCGCUGAAGCUGGUGUAGAUUGCAACUUGCAGAGUGAGAUUUUUGUCUGAUUGUCAUGAUAACCUUAACUUAUGAGCUUUCUAUGAAGAAAUGGAAAUUUUUUAUCACGUGACAAGAUUUCCCAUCCUAUGUAAGGCUUGGAAUAAUUGUUUAUCAUUAGUCAUAUUCACUUCUC